AUGCUGGUACAAGCGUUGAUGCCCAUUGCGGCACUAUUGGCGGCUAUGCCUGCCUUUGUCGAGGGUAAGAUCCAUCGUGCAUCCUUGUACAAGGAAGAGGGUUCUAGUUUGUCUGAGGUGUCGCUAACUUAUCGGUCCGCGCUGGCCGGUCAAAAAUAUCUUCACGGUUUCAAGAAGUUGCAUCCUCAUAUUAAUAUUACUGAUAUUUUGGAGAAGUUGAAGGGUGCUGCUAACGGUGAGGUUGAGAGGGCUAGUUCUAACGGACAUCCUAUUGCUUUGGAUAAUUUUGUUAACAACCAGUACUACUCUGAAAUUGGUCUCGGGACGCCUCCACAGUCUUUCAAGGUGGUUAUGGACACCGGAUCUUCUAACCUCUGGGUUCCUAACAAAAACUGUGUUUCGGAGGCUUGUUUGAAUCACGCUAGAUUUGACCAUGACCGCUCAAGUUCAUAUGCUAAGAAUGACAGUAGGUUCUCUGUGUCGUACGGUAAGGGUUCGAUGGAGGGGUUUGUCUCUUACGAUACGUUGAAGAUCGGCGAUUUGACGAUCAAGAACCAGGGAUUUGCGGAGGCUACUGUCGAGCCCGGUUCCGCGUUUGUGUACGGUCAGUUCGAUGGUAUUUUAGGUUUGGCGUACGACGGCCUUGCCGUUAACCACAUUGUCCCACCGUUCUAUGAAGCCGUACACCAAGGGUUGCUUGACGAGCCUGUGUUUGCCUUCUACUUGUCUGACGAGAAAAAGGGUGACAGCCUGGCUGGUGAGGUGGUGUUUGGUGGUUAUGACGAAACCAAGUUCACUGGCGAAAUUAGUUGGUUGCCUGUUAUCCGGAAGGCUUACUGGGAAGUUGAGCUAAACUCUAUCACUCUUGGCAGCCAGAAGUUCCAGUUGCAGAACUACGGCGGUGCUUUGGACACCGGUACUUCUUUCAUCACGUUCCCUUCGGAAUUGUACCAGGAAUUCGUCUCCAAGACAGGCGCAACUGUUGACCCUGACGACGGUCACAUUAUUGCUCCAUGCUCCGGCAGUGGCUUCCCAGACUUGACUUUCGAACUCGCUGGUAGGAGCUUCACCAUCAGUUCUUCUGACUAUGUUGUUCAAUGGGACGACACCACAUGUGCUGUUGCCAUUACUCCACUGGACUUGGGUGGUGCUGGUAAGAUGGUUAUCAUCGGUGAUGUCUUCUUGCGUAGAUGGUACAGUAUCUACGAUCUCAGCAAGAACGCUGUCGGCCUGGCUAAGUCUGUUUAA